AUUCCGCGGAGCACGCGCGUCGGCUCGCCCCAGACUUGUCUCGACUCGUUCUCAACCAACAAUUGGCUAAACAGAUCCCAUCGGUAUACCACUUUCCUAAUCACACAUGUAAUCCUGCUCGUGGGUUCACCACAGCGACGAAAACAAAUGACUUUGUUGGUGCUCGCAUGACACGACAGGCUCAAAUCGUAACCUUACCACAGCCCUCCUGACACAAAUCAAGUCCCCCGCUUGUGACAAAGCUUGUUUGGGAACUCCUCUUCCUCCCUUCUCCUCCUGUGCUGUCCUUGUGGACGCCAAGUGGGAGGGGACUAAACUAUUCAUCACGUAUUUGGGGACAGAGUGUAGGAAAAUUCUUGAAUGAAAACGCUGGACGCCGUGAGAACAUGGCGUUAAAUGUGAAUACACAAUUAAGUUGAGAUCGUCGUGGAUUUUUUUGGAGUGGAGUAUGCUGAUCUACUGCGAUUUCCUUUCGAGCUGAGCUAUAGCCGGUAUUUCCAACUACAAUGGCCACAGUGGAGGAAGACAUUGAGCCACCCUCUCAGGCGUCCGCAGCCCAAGUCCUUGAUAAAAGACGAUUUUCUCAGGACAUUCGUGUUCUGGGCCGAGACGAGAUUGACAAUCUAUUAUCCAACGUUGAUGGUCGUCCUUUUAGUGUCAUACAUCGUCUUCCAGAGUUAAAGGAGGAGGGUAUACCUUAUUUAAUGCCUGGCGUCCCUAUCACAUGUAAAGUGGAUAACACAGAGAGAUACACCACUCGCUCUAAGGUCCAUGUAGGCACCCUGUAUACUGUGACGCUAACUCAUGGUCAAUUCCACUGGACAGUAAAGAGGAAGUACAAACACUUCGAGGAGUUGCAUCGGGAUCUCUACAACCACAGGAUGAUGAUUCACCUUCUGCCUUUAGGAAAAUUUGCAAAGGAGCGGCAACAGCUAAGGGACAUGCCUCAGGAAAUGCCCAGCUUACGAGGGAACCAACGCUCCAGAAUGACGUCAAGCAAACUGAAAUACCUUGAAGAGUACCUGAAUGGGCUACUGGAGAACAGGAUAUGUAGGAAUCACCACAGCAUGUCGGAGUUCCUCUCUGUUGGCACUCUCUCCUUCAUCUCGGAUCUUGGGCCCAAAGGCUUAGAAGGGCCCAUUUUCAAGAGAUCAGGGGGUCACCGCAUUCAAGGUUUGAAUUGCAUCGGCCAUCAUCAGUUCUGCUUCCGCUGGUCACGCCGCUGGCUGGUGGUGAAAGAUUCCUUCUUGAUGUACAUGAACCGCGACAAAGGACGCAUCAACUUUGUUUUACUCUUCGAUCCCGAGUUCCAAGUCAAAGUGGGCCGUGCUUACACCGACACUAAAUACGGAGUAUGCAUUGAGAACUUCACUCGGAAUCUGAUCAUCAAAUGCAGUAGCUACAGACAAGCACACUGGUGGAGUCAUGAAAUCAACCGGCUAGCAGCAACCUGCCAUUUUCUCAAAGUGCAACGCUUUGAGGGAUUUGCUCCUCCAAGGGACAACACGCAAACUAAAUGGUAUAUAAACGGAAGCGACUACUUUGCUGACCUUGCUGAUGCACUCGAGCAGGCAAAAGAGGAAAUCUUUAUCACUGAUUGGUGGCUCAGCCCUGAAGUGUUUCUGAAGAGACCAGCAACUGAUAACUUCUGGCGCUUGGAUGAAGUACUCAAACGCAAAGCUGAGCAAGGCGUCAAAGUGUGUGUUCUGCUGUACAAAGAGGUGGAGCUUGCACUGGGCAUCAAUAGUGGGCACAGUAAAAGGACACUUAUGGAUAUGCACCCAAACAUCAAGGUGAUGAGACAUCCUGACCAUGUGUCAUCAGUGGUAUUCCUUUGGGCUCACCAUGAAAAGAUGGUGGCCAUUGACCAAACUGUAGCCUUUAUUGGGGGAAUUGAUCUGGCAUUCGGAAGGUGGGAUGACAAACAGUACCGGCUAACUGACCUUGGCUCGACAGAAACGACAGAAAAGGUGGCAGAGCCUGAGCCAGAGCCAAAAGGAGAUACAGAUCAGAAUGGUUUGGCUGGUCCAAACCCAUCUGAUGAUAAAGCAGAGGAGGUUGUGGACCUGACAGGCAACACCAAAUUGUGGCUUGGCAAAGACUACAGCAACUUCAUCAGGAAAGACUGGGUCCAGCUGGACAAACCAUUUGAAGAUAACAUCGACCGUACUCGAGUUCCUCGCAUGCCGUGGCGUGAUUUGUCAGCAGCUGUUCAUGGUAAAGCAGCGAGAGAUGUGGCUCGUCACUUCAUCCAGCGCUGGAACUUCACCAAGAUCUUCAAAAACAAAUACAAGGACAAUUUCUACCCCUACCUUCUCCCUAAAUCUCAUUAUUCUGCUGAUACACUGUCUUUCACCGUACCUGACACCAAGAAGGCCAAAGUUCAGGUGUUACGUUCUGCAGAUCGUUGGUCUGCUGGUACUUGUGAAAACUCAAUCCUUAAUGCCUACAUCCAUACCAUCGAGAACAGCCAGCACUUCAUUUACAUUGAGAACCAAUUCUUCAUCAGCUGCGCUGAUGGCAAGACAGUCUACAAUGGGAUCGGCGAUGCCAUUGUGAACCGAAUCCUUCGUGCUUACAGGGAGCAGAAGACGUACAGAGUGUUUGUUGUGAUCCCACUCUUACCUGGAUUUGAAGGAGACAUCAGUACCGGAGGUGGAAAUGCGAUCCAAGCCAUUCUUCACUUCACUUACAGGACUAUAUGCCGGGGGGAACAGUCCAUCCUUUCAAGACUCAGUGAAAUGGAGGACCGAUGGACAGAGUACAUUACAGUCUGUGGCCUGAGAACAAAGGCGGAACUUUCCCAGUCACUUGUCACAGAGCUCAUCUAUGUUCACAGCAAGACCCUUAUAGCGGAUGACCGCUGCUACAUCAUUGGAUCAGCCAACAUCAACGAUCGCAGCAUGCUGGGGAGCCGAGACAGUGAGCUGGCAGUGUUUGUGGAAGAUGAAGAGAGGAUCCCAUCCAUCAUGGGAGGAGAGGAGUACCAAGCAGGACCCCUUACACUUGCUCUGCGCAAAGAAUGCUUCAGUGUUCUUCUUGGAGUUGCUUCGAACCCUAGUAUCAAAAUUGAUGAUCCAAUCAGUGAUGACCUGUUCUUCUUGUGGUGGAAUUCUGCUGCCAAAUUGAAUGCCACUAUUUACAACAAGGUCUUCUGCUGCCUACCGUGUAAUACUGUCCAUAAUCUGCAAGAGCUGAAAGAGUACACAAGCAAGGAGCGCCUCAGUGACACGGACCCCGAAAAGGCCAGGGAGGAGCUCAAGGCAAUCCAAGGGCUGCUGGUCCACUUCCCCCUGAAGUUUUUGUGUGAAGAGAACCUGCUGCCUCCGCUGAACACAAGAGAGGGCAUUGCCCCUGUCGGGCUCUGGACAUAGCUGCAGAACAUCCUGUUUCAGACACGCUACACAAUAGAAUCCCGUGUGUCGGCAGCCUUGGCAAUUCAGAACUUGUAAUCUUUUUCAAACUGACCACUGAAAUAUAGAUUUUUAUGACUGACACUAUGUGAGACUAUUUGAUUGAUGUUAACAGGACAGUUGAUUUAGCUUCAGCUCUGCUACGUCCACAAUUCAUCUCAUGUGAUUUGGGUACACAGUGUACUUUCCAUUUGUAGGAAGACGGGCUUUAGAUGGGCUUUUAGAUCUCGCUCUCUCUUUCUCUCUUCCUCUCUUCCUCUGAGGCUUCACCUCUCAUUGCAGUGCCAGCAAAUCUGUCAGAAAAUGUGUGGUUGUUAUGGUGAUGGAUACAAAGAAAUGGCAGGAUAUUAGCUGAGAAAUGGACUGGGUGAUACAGUACAAGUGGGAAUAAGAUGUGUCCAUUUAUGCAAGUUAUUUUAAAAUAUUUUUAUUUUGAUGUUUGCAGAUUUGCUCCUACUUGUUUUAAGGUUCCGUGGCCACCAAGCAGUUUACAGUUGAAAUCACAGGCAUUCCACUAUUGACUUCACUUCGUAAGUAAUGAAGCACUGAUGUUUGAAUGAUCUAACCACAAACUUUUUUAUUUGUACUCCACAAUUCAGUGCCCAUCCGUCUUGGAUGUCAGCUGCGUACUCAUCCGAUGUAUAGUAGGUAGACUUGUUUGAAUGUAUUAUCAUAUAGUUUACAUUCCUUACAACACUGUACGGUUACUGUGAGUAGUCUGUAUUGUUUCUGUAGUCUCGUUACAGAAUCUAAACACUGAUAUAAUACUAGAUAUCUUUUUAUUGCCACUUUAAGAUAGCUGUUGUCCCAUUUAGAAAAAAAUCUUGCACCUGAAAAUCCCUGAAAAUCACGUUGUUUGAUUUUUAAAGAAUUUAUUUGCAAACCAUGGUGGAAAAUAAGGACUUGGUCAAUACCAAAAGUUCAUAUCAGUACUUUGUUAUGUACCCUUUGUUGGCAAUAACGGAGGCCAAACGUUUUAUGUAACUCUUGACAAGCUUUUCACACACUCUUGCUGGUAUUUUGGCCAAUUCCUCCAUGCAGAUCUCCUCUAAAGCAGUGACGUUUUGGGGUUGUCGUUGGGCAACACGUACUUUCAACUCCCUCCACAGAUUUUCUAUGGGGUUGAGAUCUGGAGACUGGCUAGGCCACUCCAGCACCUUGAAAUGCUUCUUACGAAGACAUUCCUUUGUUGCCCUGGCUGUGUGUUUGGGAUCAUUGUCAUGCUGAAAGACCCAGACACGUCUGAUCUUCAAUGCCCUUGCUGAUGGAAGGAGAUUUUCACUCAAAAUCUCUCGAUACAUGGCCCCAUUCAUUCUUUCCUUUACACAGAUCAGUAGUCCUGGUCCCUUUGCAGAAAAACAGCCCCAAAGCAUGUUGUUUCCACCCCCGUGCUUCACAGUGGGUAUGGUGUUCUUCGGAUGCAAUUCAGUAUUCUUUCUCCUCCAAACACGACAACCUGUGUUUCUACCAAAAUGUUCUAUUUUGGUUUCAUCUGACCAUAACACAUUCUCCCAGUCCUCUCCUGGAUCAUCCAAAUGCUCUCUAGCGACCCGCAGACGGGCCUGGACGUGUACUUUCUUCAGCAGGGGGACACGUCUGGCAGUGCAGGAUUUGAGUCCCUGGCGGUGCGUUGUGUUACUGAUAGUAGCCUUUGUUACUGUGGACCCAGCUUUCUGUAGGUCAUUCACUAGGUCCCCCCGUGUGGUUCUGUGAUUUUUGCUCACCGUUCUUGUAAUCAUUUUGACGCCACGGGGUGAGAGCUUGCAUGGAGCCCCAGAUCGAGGGAGAUUAUCAGUGGUCUUGUAUGUCUUCCAUUUUCUAAUAAUUGCUCCCACGGUUGAUUUCUUUACACCAAGCGUUUUACCUAUUGCAGAUUCAGUCUUCCCAGCCUGGUGCAGGUCUACAAUUUUGUCUCUGGUGUCCUUCGACAGCUCUUUGGUCUUGGCCAUAGUGGAGUUUGAAGUGUGACUGACUGAGGUUGUGGACAGGUGUCUUUUGUACCGAUAAUGAGUUAAAACAGGUGCCAUUAAUACAGGUAACGCGUGGAGCCUCGUUAGACCUCUGACAGCCAGAAAUCUUGCUUGUUUGUAGGUGACCAAAUACUUAUUUUCCACUCUAAUUUGGAAAUAAAUUCUUUACAAAUCAAACAAUGUGAUUUUCUUUUUUUUUUUUUUCACAUUCUGUCUCUCAUGGUUGAGGUUUACCCAUGUUGACAAUUACAGGCCUCACUAAUCUUUUCAAGUAGAACUUGCACGAUUGGUGGUUGACUAAAUACUUAUUUGCCCCACUGUACUUCCACAAAACCUGCACUCAGUGAUGCUUUCAGACAAAUUGUGCCUGUUAUGAUAGAAAUGACAACUCAUUUUAAAGACAAUUGUAGAGCCAGUAGGCCCAAAAAUUUGGGUCAUGUUAUCAUCGUGUUUGUCUCGUGUUGUCCUCUGUAAGAUGAUAUUUUUUAGUUCUCCAUUGUCCUGUCAAAUGCUAAUGCAUUUUUAGGCUUAUGCGUGGCUAUCUUACAUUACUAUAAAGUAGACCAUGUUGCCUUUUACCAUGGUUUCCUUAUUUAAAUGUGCAAUAUGUGUCUGCAAAAAGUAGGCCAUGUAUAUUUUUAGAGUACCACUUUGAUGAGCAUGAUUUUCUAACAAACCCAAACUGAAAUAAUAUCAAGUAGGGGCUUACCUGAAUCGUUCCUCUUAAGUCAACAGCCAGUAAGUAUAUGUACUGCUUUAUUACUACUGUGCCUUUCUUAUCAUCCAUCUCUGUUAACUUGUAACUUGAGGUCAUUCUUCCUGAUGAAUUGUGUCACUAAUGCUCAGGUUUUGAGAUGCAUCAAACGUUACUGUAUGAAUACUGUUACACUAUGUUACUUUUUAACUCAAUAAACUAGCAUUGUGUUUGUCUCUAAAGUAAAAUGUGAGGUGGAAACUUGGAGGCUUCUCAAAGCACCAAAACUAACCUUGAGUUACUGACAUAGCCAUACUAUAGUGUGAGUUUUUGUAAGUCUGGCUGAACAGCUGUUGAAGGCAUCCUUGCAUUAUUUAGUAUCACGUCACGAUAAAUUGGACAGAAGACCUCCUCGGAUCUUGGAAAAACAAGGGGAUGAUAUAUUGCAGGAUGCCUCACACAAAUAAGAAAACGUAACAAAAACAAAAAGCGAAUUGCUGAAGUGAACAAUUUUUGCACCAAUUUAAAAAAAAUGUAUCUUGAAACUACAACCCAAAUUCCAAUGAUGUUGGCAUGUUGUGAAAAAUAAGAAUAUUCAAUGUUCGAAAUGAUCAACUUUAUUGUUUUUGAUGAAUAAUCAAUUACUUUGAAAAAAGAUGGGCGAGGGUCUG